AUGAGCAGUGACGAGGGGGAGAUCCGCGCAGAGAUGGAGACAAAGUUGAAGCUGCAGAACUCGCUGUUUGAUGCUGAAUGGCUGGAUGUAACGAAGUUGAUGAGUACAGCAGCGAAGGAGCUGAAGGUUGGACAGCUGAUACAUGAAGACGACUUCAAGCUGUUUGACUGCAUGUCGGCAAUGGAGCUUAUGGACCCAAUGAUGGACUCGGGGAUGCUGGUGGAUGGAGUUCCGAUCCAGUCGAUUUCUGCUCGACUAGAAAGCGGAUCUGUGUUAUUAGAAUUUUCGUCUGCUCGUGAUGUGCUGGCCACAUUGGACGAGUUGUUCUGCUGCGAGACAGGGUGGCUACAUGGGUUGCCAUUAGCACAGUCGCUAUUGACGAGUGUGUACUUGCACCGGGAUCCUUUGAAUGCUCUUUGGUCGCAGCUUAUCAAGCCGUUGGAGAGUUUAGUGGCAGGUGACGCAGACGUGCGAGACAUUCUGAAGAAAAACGUAGGCAACUCGGCAAAAGACACAUUGCUGCUCGUCAUGUGUACGGUGAUAUUAGCUACGUUGAAGACUGCGGACCUUAUCCGUAAUGUCGCUCUGCGCGCCGAUAUUUAUGAAGAGGAAGAUUUUUCGCCUGGAAGUGGUUUCAAUGCUGGCGUUUUGAUGCGGAUAUCUGUUGAAACGCUGGAUACGAUGCUGCAAAUAACACAAGAACGGCUGGAGACACUCGUUGAGCAGCAUAAAGCUGCUUCGUCACAGAAAUCAUCAAAAAGAAGCACAACAAAAAGACAAGUGGCGUAUCGCUGA